GACCUCCAGAUUGCGUGGGACGACAUGCGCAACAGACUCGGCAGUAUGCCUUCAGGCUCCACUACUUCCUUGGAGUUCACUGAGGACACCCAAGUACCGCGACGUCGCAUGGAAUACGAUAACGACAUGGAAGACACGUUGGUCGAGAAUGAUCACCUGGAGCGCGUGGAGGAUGAUCACCGGAGCCACCCUAGCCACGCGGGGGAUGAUAGCCAUGUUCCCUUGGAAGAUGAUCGCAUUGACCAUGUUGAAGGUGAUGUUGUCCAUGGACUUCGGCCACAGAAUGUUGAGACCUUUCUCCGGCCCACGCUUGUUCCCCCGUUGAUGCCACGCAUGCCGCCCGCUGAGCUUGUGAUGGUCAAGGAGGAUCCUAGUGAUGAUGAGCUCAAGAUCACAAGUGUUCAUGCGGCGACCCCGGUACCUCGCAAGAGGGCAGAUGAGAUGACCAAUGAGGAGAUUCGCGCCCGCCUGGAGGAGAUUUCCAUGAAGCACGAUAG